AUGAUGGGCCGAAUUACCCAAACUGCUCGAACUGACGCAGUUGUCAUGGCCGAAAAUAAACCAACUGCUCACAACUAUGCAGUUACCCAAGAGCAGAGAAAGUCAACCUCGUCAGCCUUACUUCCUCUUCCAGCAGAAAUAAUCAGGAUGAUAGCAGGAUUGCUUCCGGAUAAUUACGCUGCCUGUCUUACUCUUUGUAGUCGCAGUAUGAGAGAAAUACUUGGAGACCGGUGCUUGAAGGCUAUGAAAAAUCCACCACCUCAAACAUUUAAUUUCAUGCGUAAAGUUGAGAUGAACUUUGUGGCACUUUUGGCGAAAGACCUUCCUCAACACUUCGCAUGCUUCGAGUGUGCCCGCAUUCAUCGAGCGAGAACAAUCAAAUGGCCCAAUAACAUUACAGACCGUCUCGGCUGUGUUCAGUGCACUCGCAGUAGGCAGAAUAUUUAUUGUCUCAAGUUUUUGUCGCCCUUCGAAAUACAUUUCCCUCAAGUUUAUUUGGCGACGAAGCAACAUCGAUCCGGCAUCGAUAUUGGAUUUCCUCUGGAGGCUUUCCGGCACCAAGAAGUUACACAUGAUCAGUCUACGAAUAUAACGUCUUUAUUGUCUGUUGAUGCCCGAUUUGUCUCCAAUGAGCUUCUGUUGCGGUCUCAAAUAUGGAUUCUUGUCCCUCAGAGCCGAAAAGACAGAACCAAUGAGAAUUUAGGUCAUGGUGGAUUAUCUACUAGAGUCUGUAAACAUUCAGAACGAUAUUCACUGGAGUUCAUGGUGUCAGAACUUGUGAGAAGUACAUCUUCCCGCACACGAACAGCGCAAUGCCAUCAAUGUUGGAUGGACCUUGGGAUACGUCGAAAACACUGUGGAGACGCCGGAACUGCGAUCAUCAUUACCAAAUGGAUCAAUCUUGGAGCCGGUCUAGACCCCAAUGAUGGUAAGUGGCAAAGUCAUAUCGGACGUAAAGGUCUGCGUCACAAACAACCUUUAGUCAAUAUCCAAAAAGCUUUCGAAGACCAGGAAGGAUUGUCGAUGGAAGAAUUUACUUCGGGUAAUCAGGAGAAGUUGUUUUCGGAGAGGAGAAACCAGCCCUCGAAUUGA